CGCUACGUCAUUUGAACGCGACCAUCAGGGCACAAACGCUCAGUAUUUUCACAUACGAAUGAAAAUGAAAACAUACACUCGCGUCCAUGUUUUGGUGUCGGCGAGCACGAACGGUAGACAAAAUCUCGCGAUUCCUCGGUUUCGCGUUGCUUAGCUACGUGGGUCAGACCUCUUUGGCAACAUUUUAAAGAGGACAAACAUGGCGAGAAAGAAACCGGCGAAAGAAAAGUCCGAGAAGGGUUCUGAAGCUGAAGAAUCGGCGCCAAUACAAACAGGAGCAACUCCGGUUGAAACUUCAGCCACUCGAACCUUUGACGACUAUGAGUGUUCUGGCAAUGUGAUGACUGACUUUCCUGGCCUCUGCGCUCUCUUGGAUAUGAAAAAUAUCCCAGCUGUCAAGACCAAAUUGAGCUCCUCCAACCAAGAAAGCGCCACAGGUGGCAGGCAGUUUCACAAAAAGCCGGCACACGAUGUGUUUAAGCCCCACCUCCAAGUGGAGCUGGAGAACGGAGACCCUUAUUGCACAUCGAGCAUCAAGAUCUUUGGCUGGACGGUAGAUGAACCCAUCGUCCGAGUACUGAGCAAGAUGAUUUCGUGCUCGUCGACCCUUCACACCAUUUAUUUUUGGCAGGCCGGGCUGACGGAUUCCAUGGUCAACGCCCUCGUAAAUGCGGCGUGUGCGUGCGUGACCCUCAGAGUUAUCACAUUGGAGGGAAAUCCACUGGUGGAUAACAACCACCACCUUCUGUUUUGCGAAGGAAGUGCCCUCACUCACUUGAACCUUCGCAACAACCGAAUUGAAGAUGAGGGCGCCCGUCUUCUCGGGGCCGCUCUCUCAACCAGCACCUGCGCAAACUGGAAUCUCACCUCGCUCAACCUCUCGUUCAACCACAUCGGCGAUGUCGGCGCUGGACACAUUGCAAAGGGCCUGCGCUUCAAUCGCACCUUGCUGUUCCUCUCACUGUCCAACAAUCACAUCGGAGACUCGGGAGCGACAAAACUGGCCACGGUUUUCGGCGAGGUCGUGCUACCUCAUGAAGAAAUCGUGCAGAGGAGGAAACUACUUCUGGAAAAACGACAUUCGUCAUCGGCAGCGGCGGACGCCGAUCAAUCCUGCGCCGCCAAGCUCUCCAGUGACCAACUGCCGUCUUUGGCCGGCGGCGCUUCGCUCGGCUCCAACAAAGGGGAGAGCAAAAAUCUGAGCAAAAAACGGGACUCGUCAAAAGCGGAGGGCAAACGGGCUCCGACCAAAGACCCCAAAUGUCUCAAGAAAUCGGAAGGCCAAGACGCCGAGGAGAAAAACUGCGUGUAUGAUCAGGAGCACAAAAAGCCAGUGGAGAUGGUGAGCCCGCUCCUGAAUGAAUCUGUGCAGCAGAGGAACGGAGAGCUCGUCCUGCCCGGAAACACCACUCUGGCCUCGCUCAGCCUGGCAGGGAACAGGAUAACAGAGCUGUCGCUACCUCAGUUCCUGACGUCCUUGCAGAUGCAAGAUGGAGGGAAAGGUUUGCUGCGUCUCUGUCUGCAGAGGAACCAUUUUGCUGCAGAGUGCGAGCCCUACCUGAAGAUUAAGGAGGUGAUGGCGCUCCGAGACCCUCUGAACAAAAAAAGUGAAGAGCAGCCCGAAGAAGAGGGCGAGGGGUCGCAAUGUUCAGACGGCUAAACCAAAGGACGACGCCGCUGCUUCAUUCUCACCCCGGCCAAGCGCAUCCGCGCUCGAGCAAAGUGGACGGACUCCGGCGGUGUUCUGGUUUCAGCAGAGAGUUGCCCAAACAAAGCGCUCGCUCUUUUCCUCUCAUCUCCCCUUUCUUUUUUGGGAACGGAUUAAAAAGGCUUCUCACUUUC